AUGCAGGAAGAGUCCAUCAGCCCAGCUUCUCUUCUUGGUCUCAAGCUGAUCGACCUCGCUAAAAUCCUUCAACAUCAGCAUGAUGACGAUCCUGGCGACAUCCACCCUUACUAUAAAGUUACAGAAGACGAAGGUGAAGGCGGGACAACUAGCUCUUAUACUCAAUCCGGGAACAGAAUUAUCCCCGGGGGCAACAACACCUCUACCUCUGCUGCUACUGCUGCUACUGAAGGAGAAACAACGAUGUCGACAAUUUUCGCACAGCUUGCAGCAAUGGGUCGGGAGCUUAAUACUACUAUUGAUAAUAUCUCGCCCCCAUACCAACACGAUACGGUCUCCCUGGAUCCGACUGAGGCAUCACGACCUACCCUAAAAGAAUUACUUGAUGAUGCUGCGAACCUAGAAACAGAAAAUGACGAUUCCAGUAAUACCGCAACCCGCGACAUGGAUGAAUCUUCUUGCGGGAGUAUUGACAGUGAAUAUGAGCAAUAUUAUCUCAGUCGUCAAGUUCCUGUUGAAUCUUGGGCAUCAAGUAACAGUCCCUUUCACACCAAUAGAUAUUCCCCUACAGACCUUGACGUUGCUAGACGUCGGAUGGGUCAUCUCGCCGGAACACUUCAAGGCCCCCAUGGUUUUCCUCUCGACCAAGACCAGGUAAUAGAUCAUUCGGGCUCGCAGUCGAUAGGUUAUUCACCUAACAUGCGAAUCAGUCCUCUUCUAACCCAGAGCUAUUCGCCCCUAUAUGGCCCGCAAAUACAUUACAAUACUGGACCUAUGCCCUGUGGUUAUCGUCAACCACCAAUUACUGUUGAUAUCCCGUCUGGCUACCGUCCACUGCCAGUAUACAGCAACCCUUCUACCGGUCCCACACGUUUUACAAGUGGUGCACAGCCCCAGACUUGGAAUCCACCAUACACUCAACGUCCCCUGUAUGUAGGAAGGAACAACAUGGCUCCUUACGCAGUACAUGGAGCUCCCUCACAGAACCAGUAA